AUGAGGAUUCGACGAAAGUCUGAGGUGCUCCCAGAAUGGAUAAUAUUAAAACAGACUCAGCUCCCCUAGGGUCCGUGUCCAGCGAUUUUCAACAAGGGAAUCCAUCACGACCUCAACGGCAGAUCUACAACAUAACAGGCGGCUCGGCGGUCCACAUUGGCCCUGUUAUCCACAACAUACAUGGCUGUAACCCUCGCUCGCAGCACAAACCCCAGGAUAUGCCUCUCAAAAAGGAUGUUGAAGAGCUCUUGAAGUGCAGCCGCGAGAUCGAGGAGCGAGACAAGGUCGAGGUCAGCGAACACCUGGGCAGCAGCUGGAAGAGUCUGGGCCGGGUCAUGGGCUUCACGGCGGGUCAGCUGGAGAACAUGAUAGCUGACCACACGCGUAAUGUCGACCGAGUGUACGAGAUGAUGAGUCGUUGGCAUGACAGGGAGGCUGAGGAUGCUACUGUGGCCAGACUCACUCAGAUGAUCAUUAAGGUUAAGGCUUAUCAUGUGCUGAAGAAACUUACACCUUGAACGCACUUAGUUAAGGAAAUUGUAAUGUUACGUUAUUUUUUUGUAUAUUUUAACUGCUUAUGUAUUUUCUUCUUUUUCUUCUUCGAAAUGAUACACUUCUAAAUGUAAGGAGAGAUAGAAGAGGAAAUAGAACAGGAAAGGAAAUGGUCUGAAUUACGUUGUUUUAUGACUUGUCGGGUUUUGUAAUGUGUCAAAUAUUUCGUAAUUUGUCAGUAAAAGUAUUUUCAUCUAC